UCUUUGUGAUUUAUAUCAUUUCCCAACGGACUGCGUUUUCAUAUUUUAAUUUUAAUGUACCCACAAAUGAGAAAUUCGAAAUUUAUUGUAUAUUCUUAUCCAUUUUAGUAGUAGCCAGUGAGCCCUCGAGCCCUAUAGGGUCAAGAUGGGUUUGCAAUCGGAGCAACCGCAGAUGCACUUCAGUCCGAAGGUGGACUAUGUUCUUAUUCUGGACAAGUUGCGAGAGGAUUUCAACAAGAAGUUUUCGACCAACACACCCUCGCCAUCAAACGGAUUGGAUGAUUACGAUAUUAAGGCCACUCUGGGAGCUGGUUCCUUUGGCAAGGUGCAGCUUGUGAGGGAGAAGGACUCGGGUGUUUACUAUGCCUCCAAGCAGCUGAGCAAGGAUCAGCUGGUGAAGACCAAGCAGGUGGGCCAUGUGAUGAGCGAGAAGAAUGUCCUGCGCUCAAUGAUGUUCCCCAACACGGUGCAUUUAAUCGCCUCCCACAAGGACUACGAUAGUUUGUACCUUGUUCUUCCGCUGAUUGGUGGUGGCGAACUCUUCACCUACCAUCGAAAAGUGCGCAAGUUCACUGAAAAGCAGGCUCGAUUUUACGCUGCCCAGGUCUUUUUAGCUCUGGAAUAUCUGCAUCAUUGCAGCCUGCUUUACAGGGAUCUCAAGCCCGAAAACAUAAUGCUCGAUAAGAACGGUUACCUCAAGGUGACUGACUUUGGAUUUGCCAAGAAAGUGGAGACCCGUACCAUGACAUUGUGUGGAACUCCAGAGUAUUUGCCGCCGGAGAUCAUUCAGUCGAAGCCCUAUGGAACCAGUGUCGACUGGUGGGCCUUCGGUGUGCUGGUCUACGAGUUCGUGGCAGGACAUUCCCCCUUUUCCGCCCAUAAUCGGGAUGUGAUGAGCAUGUACAACAAGAUUUGUGAGGCCGACUACAAAAUGCCCAGCUACUUUAGUGGUGCCUUGCGUCAUCUAAUAGAUCAUCUCCUUCAGGUCGAUCUCUCUAAGCGCUACGGGAACCUGAUCAAUGGCAAUCGGGACAUCAAGGAGCACGACUGGUUCAAGGAGGUGGAGUGGAUACCGAUCCUGAACCAAACUGUGAGUGCUCCUUAUGUGCCCAACAUCAGUAAUCCGGAGGAUAUAUCCAACUUCGACAAGGUCUCCGAGAAGCCACGUCCAAAGGCCAAAGCGAUGCGUCACGAAGAGGUUUUUGCGGAUUUCUAAUUGUGAUCCCUCUGACCUUGUGUUUUAGUAUUAGUACUUGUGUUUUAGUGAUGGACCCAGUGAGAAUGUGUUGUAAAUUUCCUUUUUUGUUUUUGUUGCUAAAAGCUAAACACUCGAUUCGUCUCGAUUA